AUGUCUUCUACAAUUAUUUCCAACGAUUCCAAUAACUCAGAAUGUAUUAUUAUUUCAUCUUCAAGUUCCAACACUUCAAGAAAACGUAAACAUGAAGAAAUUUCAGAAUCGUCUCAAAACAUUAUUGAAAUACCUGUUUCUAUCGAAGAUUGUGGAAUUUGUUUACAUAAAAUCAGAAAACCUUUUACUUUUCCUUGUGAUCAUUUCUUUUGUAUUAAAUGUGCUUUGGAUUUUUUAAAUUCUCCUAAUAACACAUAUCGUUGUCCAUUAUGUC